AAGAAGAAGAAGAAGUUGUAGAGAAGAUGAGUGUACUACAUGCCGGCUUAGCUGUCGCUUUUGGUUUGGUACUUCUUCGACUCGGCGCGGUCGGAUCGGGACAUAUUUCUCUACGGCCGCUCGCGGACGUAGUUUUUCCUCUCUUGCGGCGAGCCACAACAGUCCUGCAGACCAUGGAAAGCAUGCGCCAGCAAGAAAACCAGCUAUGGCGCGGCAAAGAAAGGAAGGGCGUGCGAUGGGGAUGAAGAUGAUGCCGACCGCGCCCGCCACCUUGGCCGAGGAGAGCCGGCGAGGGCGCCCGGGGGAAGUCUUGGCCCCAGAAAUCAAAGCUGCGGACGCCACGCGAAAACUUAUAGCCGGCCGGCGUCCCCUAUGCUAUUGGCGUCGCAAACAAAGGCCGCGCCCGUGCCAUCGUUUCCCGGCCCCGCUUUCGCGCGCAGCGGAUUGCGCGCGCGCCCAU